UGUAGAUUACGUCGUUUCUGAACCUGAACGACUCCUUGCACUAGUCAACUCGCGUCAUGUUGUAAACUCGUCUCGAGAUGGGUCGAUCCAUGUCGCAGCCGCGUUUGCGUGCGUCCGCGUUCUGCUCACUCUCGUGUGCGAGGACGCUCGUGCUGCCUUCCGUUCUCCUGUUCACGGUCCUGGCGCUCUUUAAUCGCCAUUUCCGCCUCCUCGCGUCGCCUUUCUCCAAGUCUCCUCUCUCUAGCCGCCUAAUCUCCGUGCCAUCAUCUGCCGUUAAUGCUGAUGGUGCAGGUGGUGCCGAUUCUGCUUCCAACUGGCUACGAUCCGUGGAUUCCCGGAAGCUUCUCCCGCUUGCGAAUCGACUAGAGCCAGAAGAAGUCAGAAAUCUGGAGGAGACGGUUGCGUUUCUACCUCGUUAUAGCGAGUCCCGUUCAGAGCAUAGUGACGAAGCUGUAGCUAGCAAUGAGACAAUAAAUUUCAACAUUGGCGACCUUGCAAAGCCAAGGGACCCCUUUCUUUCCAUUCCUGGGCAGCCCGAGGAAGGAGGUUCUGUAACAGAAGCAGGUUCAAACGGGCAGCGAGAGCAGUUGUCCAGGGAGCCAGAGUGGGAUUCAGAGGGGUAUGUGUCAGCCAGUACACUCGGGCAGCUGGCUCAGGAAGCCUCGAUUAACGGCACUGUUGUCAUUCUCGUGUGCAGCUAUGGCUACGCGGAUUUUCUGCUCAAUUGGGCGGUGUAUGCGGGCGAGCUGGGGUACGGGCGUCAAUUUCUUGUGUUUGCUGAGGAUAGGGAGAGCUUCGAUCUUCUGAGACACCGAUUUCCAAGACAGGUGGUGCGGUGGCACGUGCCAGAGAUAGAGCAGGCGAGGGAGGACGAGCUGAAGGGCGCAGGACUGGUGGAGGAAAACGGUAGCACUCUCAGUGGCAGCACGAGCAGCAGUAGUGGCAGAGGUGGGAGGGAUGGAAGUGGGGAGGGCAGCAGCAGCAGCAGCAGCAGCAGCAGCAAGGACGCCUUUUCUUUCCUCACUCUGGGCUUUAAGAGGCUCAUGUAUCGAAGGGUGGCCUACAUCCGCACGCUCCUCAACAUGGGCUUUAACGUCCUAAUCUGCGACUCGGACUUUAUCUGGGUCAAGGACCCCUUUCCUUACCUCUUUGCGAAGCCAAGUCCCUCGGAGCUCUCAAGACGAUCCAUGGCUUCCCGCCUGGCUUUAAGCACGGCUCUUGGAGUGUAUAGCAACAAGAAGCGGGCGAUAUCUUUUUCCGACUUUGAAUCACAAGCUUCGCCUACUUCUGGGGCAGCUCCUGUAGAGUAUGAUGUCGUGGGAGUGCGGGAAUUCCCGGACACAUACAAUUUCUACGCAACUGCCACCUACCUCAUGGAUCCCCGGCCUGAAAAGCUUGACCAUGCUAAGCUCUGCGGUGGCUUUGUCCUCUUCCGAAACACACCCGGAGGAAGGCUUGUCCUGGAGUUGCUUAUAAUGAAGAUAUACCGGGCGCCUAAGGUCACAGGGAGGGAGAAUGAUCAGCUUUAUCUGGGCAUGGCGAUUCACGAGCUCUUAAAAGUCAACCCAGCUCCGCUAAUAGGUGUUCUUCCACAAACUCUCUUUCCUCCGGGGUGGCUCUAUUUUCAGGAUUCUUCAGCAUUACCUCCUGGUAGGCGACGGGUACUUCCCGACUGGGAUGCUGUGGUGACAAUUCACAAUAACUGGAUGGCAGGGAAGGGAAACAAGUUAGAUAGAUUCGUGACAGCUGGAUUGUGGAGACUUACGGAUGCAAAGCGAGAUUUGUGAGGACAUUGAUCUAUGUUGCUUAGGAGAGUGUAGAAGAGAGCUCAUGGUUGAUUGGAAAUAUAUCUGAUCUUCACCU